UAUUUUAAUAGAUCCCAGACCAUCAGGGUCUUUGUGCAGCAGUUUAUUGUUUCCGUCCCACUCAGUGAGAACAUCCAGGCUGUUUUAUGACUGAGCCAUAAAACAGAUAUAAAACCUGCAGCCGGAGUAGAAACGGAUUCACCGGAGAGAACAGGACUGAGAGAUGAAGCUGUUGGUGCUGCUGCUCCUGGUUCUGUCGGACCUCCUGGCCGUUUCCUCGGCCGGCCUGCAGGACAUCGUGAAGAAGAGCAUCAAACACAGAAAAGUUUCCUUGCUGAACCCGGAGCUGGAGGACCAGGUUCCUGAACUGGGCGGUACCACCGUUGUGUCCGGGCCCCUGACUCCAGCGGCCUUGGAGCCGCAGCAGGCCCCGCCUUCAUCCUUCCUUUUCGGUGACAACGUGAACCUGGAGUGGCUCAUCUGGGACGGAUCGCUGCCCAACGGCGCCGUUUCCAUCUACAACGGUUACACCAAGCGAACGGACUACGUCUGCAAGUACAAGUGCGAGGCUGGCUUCUACAACCCCAGCCUUGGCCCGUACUGCCGGUACCCCUACGGAGACCGAGAGUACUACGCCCCUGAGUUUGAGAUCCUGACCAACAAAGAUAACUUUGAGUUUCUGGAGUGGAAAGAAGGUUCCUAUGGUUCUGUGCCGCAGCAUUCGGUGAGAACCUGUGCAGGUGUUGGUAUCUUUGUUGGGAAGAACAAGUAUGGCCUCGGGAAAGUUGUUCCUCAGUUUGAGGCCUUCUUCCUGCCUUGGGAAGGUGAUGAGUUCUGGUACAAGAACUACCAGGUCCUGACCAUCAACAGAGACGCCUACACCCAGCACAUCACUGACGUCAAGUAUGCCAUCAACGAGGUCGAGAUCUUCCAAUACCCGCCCGAAACCAUGCGCAUCUCCGGAGUCACCAACAACGAGUGCCAGGCCAUCGUGAAGACAGUCACCAUCUCCAAGACCUCGGAGGUGGAAACCACCUGGAACAUCGGCCGAGCCACCAUGCUGGGCAUCGCAGGAAGCAUCACAGCCAAGAUCCCCCUGAUCGGGUCCGCCGGCAUCGAGCUGAGCGGAGAGAAGACGCUGCAGUUCUCCAGAGGAACCACAGUGGUGGAGUCGCUCAGCCACUCCGUGUCUGUGGAGCUCACAGUGCAACCGAACCACUCCUGCAGCGUCCGGAUGGAGGGGAGGAAGGUCAAAGCCGACAUCCCCUACACGGCUCGGCUGAGCAGAACCUACCGGAACGGGGAGACCCAGUGGACGUCCAUCUCUGGGACGUACGACGGAGUCCAGAUCGGAGAAGUGCGGGCCGUGGUGGAGCGCUGUGAACCCGUGGCUGAUGCUAAGCCCUGUCCGUGAAAGACUGGAGAAGAUGCACUGCAAAAAAACCAAACCUUACCAAGUUCUGUUGAUCUAGUUU